AUGGGUGACCUUCCGGGAAGUGGUUUCCGAAACCGUGUGAGUGAGACCAAAUCACGGGGAAAGAACUUGGGCUCGUGUGUUGUGGCUGCUGCGCGGUGGUUCGUCGUGUUUAUCGUCGUCAUUGCUACAGUUCAUCUUCUUCAAUCCGUUUUCCCCUCUUUUCAACCUAGAAUCGAGAUAUUGAUCGAUCUCUGUGUUUCAGGAAUCGGUGUCGAGCGACACAAAGCUUGUGUUGGUCGACACCAGAAGGUUUGUGUCGGAGCACACAAAGCGUGUGUCGGUCGACACAGACCGGUUAAUUCCGGUUUAAAUUGA